AUGAACAUUGUAAUCGCCGGAGCUGGCAUCGCUGGCCUGGCCUCAGCCCUGGCUCUCACAAAAUGGCUUCCCGAAAAGCCACAUAUUACCAUUGUUGAAAUUCGCCCAGAGCCCUCCACCAUCGGCGGCGCUGUUGGGCUGACCCCGAACGCCCUACGCUGUCUGCACCACCUUGGAGCGCUAUCACAGAUUCGAGCAAGAAGUUUGGGAGCGGACAUAGAUAAGAUCGAGCUGUUCACAAUCUACACCGGCGCGAAACUCGGUGAGAUUGCCUUCACGGAUGACAACGGGCCCGGAGUUGGCGACCCUGCCUUCAAGGGACUCAGAAUUCAACGCGCAGACUUAGUUCGGUCACUUACAGAGACCGUCAGCGCCCUUGACAACGUCACGCUGGAGUAUGGCUGCAAACCAGUCCAGGUCGUUGAGACGGACAAUGAGGUGACAGUUCAGCUGGAUGAGGGUCGAACAUUGAGCGCGAAUUUACUUCUUGGGUGUGACGGAAUACACUCCUUCGUUAGAUCCAGCCUCGUUGAUGCAGACAGGAAACCGCUGUACACGGGCAUCGCUGCAGUGUUUGGGUUUGCAGACUUGGAGGAAGGAGCCAAAGUCCCCUGGAAAGACACAGGAUUGUGUCAGUCACAACGCGGCAGUCUCAUGACCAGCUACUACGAGCCCACGAGAAAGAAACAGUAUGUGGCAGCCAUCACCGAGACGGCGGAUGUUGCGUCAAGAGAGGGUUGGUUGGCUCGUGGUGCAGAACAGAAGAGGAUUGAGCACGACGUAACAAGUCAAUUUGGCAGCGGUGCCAUCGAAUUUCUCGGUCCUCUCAUCUCAGCGACCAAUCACUGGACUCUCUACCCCGUCUAUAAACUCGCACCACGGGGCAAUUGGUGCUCGAAACGCACGAUGCUGUUAGGAGAUGCCGCACAUGCGAUGCCCCCGCAAGGUGAAAGUACGGCAUAUGCCUUGGAAGAUGCCAUCUUGUUUGCUCGAGCCAUGCGAUCCAAGUCUGAUGGCGGGCUGGACGAAGCCUUCCGCACAUAUCAAAAUGUCAGGCGGGCAAACAUCGACAAAGCCUACGACGAGGCCGCCUUCGGCUGGGAAACACAAAAAGACUGUGGCUGGUUCACGUUCUUGCUGAGAAGUUGGAUGACCAGCCUCUAUUUGUGGUGGACCGCUUCUGGAAGGCAAAGGAGAUAUUGUGAAGACGUCGCCACCAUGGUCUUGGAUUAA